AAACACGAGACAGCACAAUAAGCGUAGGCUACACAACCAUACCCGACCCAUUGUUAAAAACAAGAUAUUAAUUACUUUUUUUCCCACGUUUUACUACCCUUUUUUUUAUUUUAUUUUUACUUCAGACAGAGAAAAAAAUUAUGCGUGUUUUAUGCUUUUUAUGUUCCCUUCCAAGUUAUUCGGAGGCCAACAUAUGAAAAUCUUCGUUCUCGUUGAACGAAUAAUGCAAGCGUUAGCCUGUUCGAGAUAUGUAGAAUUCUUUGAAAGAAGAACGAUUCUUCUCCCUGCUUCAGUGGGGCAACAGCUGCCGGGACCUUUCCUCCUGUCAUUUUCAUAUAUGGACAAGUUAGCAUGGCAACCUUUGACGUAGAGGUUUCUAAAAACAGCACUGACACUCAGUGGACUGCCAGCCAGAGAGCAAUAUUUCAGACGAAACUCUAAGGACACCGCUGUUGAAGAAGGCCUACGGAUCCGGAUUGUUCUUUGGAAAUAACUAAUUCUUCGUCAGAUUACUGCGUUGGGGGCUGAAACGCUUCUCCCCCUAAAAAAUCAAGAACACAUAGAGGUUUUGAUAGUGUGCAAUGAGUAUCUCUUUAGAGUACUCGUAUUCCAAAAAUCGAGACACCAUGGACAGCUUGGAGAAGCAACUAAUUUGCCCCAUCUGUUUGGAGAUGUUUACCAAACCUGUGGUCAUCCUCCCGUGUCAACACAACCUUUGUCGAAAAUGUGCCAAUGAUAUUUUCCAGGCCUCAAAUCCAUAUCUGCCAACGAGAGGGGGGACAACGGUAACCUCUGGUGGUCGUUUCCGGUGCCCGUCCUGCCGGCACGAAGUCGUUCUGGACAGACAUGGAGUCUACGGGCUUCAGAGAAACUUGCUGGUGGAAAAUAUCAUUGAUAUGUACAAGCAGGGGUCCACAAGCAGCAAGCCGGCUCCGGAGCAGAAGGUGGACCAGCCUAUGUGCGAGGAGCACGAGGACGAGAAGAUCAACAUCUACUGUGUGACCUGCAGCGCCCCCACCUGCUCCCUCUGCAAGGUGUUCGGCGCCCACAAGGACUGCGAGGUCGCCCCACUCACCAGCGUGUACCAGAAGCAGAAGUCAGAGCUCAGCGAUGGGAUAGCUAUGCUGGUGGGAAACAACGACCGGAUUCAGGGCAUCAUCAGUCAGCUGGAGGAGACCUGCAGGAUAAUUGAGGAGAACGGGCGGAGGCAGAAGUCCCAGGUGUGCGAGAAGUUUGACCACCUGUAUUCCAUCCUGGAGGAUCGUAAAGUGGAGAUGAACUCGAAGAUCGUGUUCGAGCAGGACGAGAAGCUCAGCUACAUCCGUGGCCUGCAGAAAAAGUACGGCGAUCACCUGGAGACCAUGUCCAAGGUGGUGGAGACGGGGAUACAGAACAUGGAGGAGCCAGAAAUGGCCGUUUUCCUGCAGAGCACAAAACCGCUUCUACAAAAGAUUGGAGAGGUCUCGAACACGUCCAACCUGGAAAAGGUGGAGCGCGGGUACGAGAACAUGGACCACUUCACAGCCAAUUUCCACAGAGAAGCAAGGGCUUUGCGCAACAUCGACUUCAUAAAAGAAGAGGAUGAAGACGAUGAGGAUGAAGAAGACGAGGAAGAAGAGGAAGGAGGAGAGGAAGGAGCGGCAUUGGUGGGGAGCCGGUCGGAGGUGCCAUUGCCACUGGCAAUGGCCGCAACAGCCCCCCCCGGGGUUAAACCGCAGCCAAAGCAACAGCCACCCCCCCAGCAAGCCCCCCCACAGCCACCUGCCGCUGCCACGGCAACCACCCCCGCCGCCCCCCCACAGGCCCAGCCAGCCGACACCGUGGCACAGGGCCUUGCCAAGCCACCCGACACGCAGGAGUUUGGGAGAGGCCCAGCGGACCCCUCCCUGUACCCCAGCUGGUACAGGCACCCAGCGGGGCAGGCGGCUGUCCCGCCCGCGCGGGCUGGGGAAGGGGCGGCCCCGGCGGAGGCGUCGGCGCUAAAGGAGGGGGUCGGGCAGAAGGCGGCAGAUACCAGGGGCCCCGGCGCGGCCAAAAAGGAGCCUAGCUCCUCAACGCCGUCCUCUCAGGAAUUAGCUUUGUGCCUGACAGUUCUGGCUUUGUUUAUUAUACUGCAUCAGCUUUGGAGUCUGGUACAGACUGCGAUUUUAACAGUUUUGGGGGUCUUCUGAUACUGCUGCAGGUGGUCAGGGAGACAACAACCAAAAUCCAGAGGACAAAGGUGGAGAAGGGCCUCGCCAUGUAUUCUCCUUCUCUUGGCUAAACUCCCUCAAAUAGUGUCUUGCCUCUCACAUUUAGGCACAAAAAUACCUGUUGUCUCUGGCUCAUAAACGACUAGAGCCGAAACAGAACUCCUCCGAGGGUACCCUGUCCCCGUUUUCUUUAGGCACACACACGCAGCGGGGAAUAUUUUUGAGGAAAUUUACUUUAUCCCACUUCUACACUUUGAUCUAACGUGAACACUAUUGUAUUGAAGACACGUAUGCACGCACGUUGAAAACUUGGCACGCAAAAACAUACGCAGCAAAGUGCAAGCAGAACUUUGAAGACUUUUAUUUCAAAAUAUAUAUAUUAGACAUUCUCUUACGCAACGUAAAUGUUUGGUUGCUCAUGAUGUGUUUAUUGUCAAACUCAAGUUAAUAGUAAACAGCGAAACUGAAUUUCAGAGAAGCUUUCCAUUUAAGAUAGGCCUGCGUAUUCCUGAAAUCGAUAAACUUCCAAACAAUCAAUAUGGAUAGCUGUUUUCAAGGAAAACAAAUAUCGAAUGUGUAGAAGCUCUCUUCGAGUAGCAUUUUUACAGCAGUUAUACAAGUUUAAAUAACAUUUCCUUUGUUUUAUGAUACAGUCUGGUUACUAUCAACUGAAUUGCAAUUCAGAUUCUUCAUGUGAGGUUAACGCUAUAAAAAUACAUAUAAAAACAAAUAAACUGAUGAACAAAUAAUGGAAAAAGGAGGCGUGGUAUAGAAUAAUGUGUGUUUUGUGCUAAAUGUUAAAAAUAUCCUUUGGCAGAUGGAUUUCAUUCAUGUCCACUCAUUUGCCGAAAAUGUCCAUCAUUUUUCGGUUGCUAUGCGCUUGUUGAGCUAACUGUUCAGCUCGAGCCAUUUCUAGUACUUCUCGAAGCAAGUGGAACGUCAGAUCCAGUGAAAUUGGGGGAUCGUCGGUCCGCUUUCCUCUUUCCAUCGAGUCGUCGAGCUGGUCAGUGUUGCUGCUCGCGAACCGACGGAUGUUGGCAACUUUGCCUUGCAACAGACGCUGGGUGAGCUGUAGCUGCAGCGCUCUCUUGACAGUUGUGGAGGACGCGUCUGGGGGCAUGAACACUUGUGGGUUCUGGUUCGCGCUGCCGAGCCUAAGGAAGUACUCCUCUCCUAGUCGCAAAAGAAUGGGAAGAGAUAGCUUCUGUAGGUCAGAUUGUGGAUCAGAAGAAGCUGACUGAACAGCGCCGGGGUUUUCGAUAGCUCUACUUUCAUAACGAGGUAGGACGGCAACAAGCAGUACGACGGUGAAGACCAGGAACGCUAGCUUCAUGUCUGAUCGCCUGGAAUCUGGGAAAGAGACCAUUUCAUUAUAUUGAUAUGCUCUCUUUCUUGAAUGAGCUUGAUAUUAGUUUAGGCGCUUCGAUUUAUUUUAUUUUAUUGAUGAAUAGUAGGAAGGGAUGUGAAGUUAUUCAGGAAGUUAUCCAACACAUCAGUAAAGACCAUUCAAUUAAUGUUUGCAAUGCACUAAAUUUCAGUUUUAUAAUGUUUGCAUUUUAGAGUGGUUUUGUUAGUACGUGAUAAAUAAAAAAUGUGCUAAAUUACUUUCAAUAAAAUAAUUUUGUUUGAA